UCGAGACCAUUGCAUAUAUGCAAGUUCGUCAAUAACCCUAGCUACUUGGAAAAAAUAACAAACUAGCAUUUUUGAGAAAAUUUGGCACAAUGGCAAGUACAAAAACCGAGUCAUACUUUGUUUUCAUGAACUAUGAUCCCGAAUAUGAACGCCUUCGAGCUGAUCGGACAAAAAAAGGGACAAAUGAGCUUGAUUUGUACAUGAGCCGGAAACAUGAUGAGCUACUGGCAACCACUUUGGAGCCUGGAAGCUACAAGAAGACAUCGUCUCUGGUCAUUGUUGAUGGGUUUUCUGUUGAAAUCACUGAGGACCAGGCCAAUGUGCUUAGAUCUGCAAAAGGAGUUAGAGUGGUGGAGAAAAAUCAAGAGCUUGCUUAGUUUAUAUAAAACCAGAGAGAAAGUACUUGAUCAUAGAUGGAUAAUUUGGUGUAUUAAUUUUUCCCUUUAGUUUUGGGUUACUAUUGCUUUAUGGGUUAUUUUUAAUGCUGGUGAAGUCAAGGAAGAUUUGUGUAUUGGAAAAAAAUGGAUCAGUCGGUGAAUUAAUGUUAUUUUAAAUAUCAGUUUAAUUAAGAAUUAUUAUCUAGUUUACAAAUGAGUUUUGGA